AUGUCUGUGCCCCAGAUCCAAGUAGAAGAAGUGGCUGGUGGGGAAGAAGGGCCGGCAGGAACAACCCCACCUCCAGAUGACCACCUCCGGAGCCUGAAGGCCCUCACGGAGAAACUGAGGCUGGAGACCCGCAGGCCUUCCUACCUGGAGUGGCAGGCCAGGCUGGAGGAGCAGAUGUGGUCCUUCCCAAGGCCGGCGGCCGAGCCACGGGGCUCUGCGGAGGAGGAACCCUCGCUCCUGAGAACGAGGGCACUCAGGCCGCAUCCCCCACCUAAUGGGAGGGCGAACCAGGACGGGCCACCGCCCACUGGCAAGCUGGAGGGCUUUGAGAGCAUCGACGAAGCUAUAGCCUGGCUCAGGAAGGAACUGAUGGAGAUGCGGCUUCAGGACCAGCAGCUGGCGCGGCAGCUCAUGCGCCUGCGCAGUGACAUCCACCAGCUGAAGAUCCAGCAGACCUGCGACCUGCACCGGCGGAUGCUCAACGACGCCACCUACGAGCUCGAGGAGCGCGACGAGCUGUCCGACCUCUUCUGCGACGCUCCCCUCGCCUCCUCCUUCAGUCUUUCUGCACCACUCAAGCUCAUCGGGGUCACCAAGAUGAACAUCAACUCCCGCAGGUUUUCUCUGUGCUAA